CACCCACCCACCCACCUCUUGCACUUCACCUCCCUCCGUGAUCUCUCUGCUUUCCGUCCAGCCUAAAAUCAUGACGGUCACACCCUGCGACACACCUGAGGCGCUGUCGACUGCCCUGGCCGGUGCUGGAUCCAAGCUGGUGGUGGUUGACUUCCACGCCACCUGGUGCGGCCCUUGCAAGCGGAUCGCUCCCUUCCUGGCUAAGCUGUCGGAGACUCUGACCGACGUCGUCUUCCUCAAGGUGGACGUGGAUGAGAACAGCGACGCGUCGGAGAAGUACGGCAUCGAGGCCAUGCCCACCUUCAAGUUCAUCAAGAACGGGGAGGUGGUGGAGACGGUCACCGGUGCCGACGAGGCUAGCAUCGAAGCCACCGCCCGGCAGUUCAAGUAGAUAAAUGCCUGUAUGAAAAGCAAUGACCAUGUGUACACCGAGAGAGGAGCAGGAACCGCGUUGGUGCAUAGAUGAGAAAGAGAAUGGGGCCUGGCCCGUUCACGCGCGUUUUGUGUUGUGAUGAGACAAGGCUGGGGAGUUGUAGGGUUAGCGGCGGCCCGGCACGUCAAGGACAAGACGUACUGACGUUGUACAAAGAGCGGUAUUGUAUUCAUGUAGGAGGGUUUGUGACAGCAGUCAGUCGCGGAAAGGAUGCACGUACGUGAAUGAAUUCAUGUUGGAGACGGGGCAGCUUGUAGCUUGGGGUGCGUGGUUUCCGUUUUCCUUGGGCUUGCACGCAUGGUGGCUUCAACGUGGUCAGCUAGACAACAUGCGUUUCAAUUGCUGAACGCUUUUCCACCAAAGAUUUUUGCGUGUGCGUUUUCGUAGGAGGACUACGAAAUUCGUUGGUGGAGUUGGUUAUGUUGUAUCGCAUCUGCAACCGUAGUGCUGUGUAGGUGACGCGCUGGUAGACGAUGGACGUCAAUUGUGUUCAGCUCUUGAGACGAAAGACGCGUCAUUGCUGCGGCGGUUGCGUGGGAGGGGAACGGUGGAAGGAAGGAGGAGCAAGCUCUUGAGUUGUGUGUGCACGCGGCUCGGCUAGAAUGGCUUCAGAAGCGACAGGCGCUAGAACUCUCGCUAACGUGGCCUUGAUAUCAUGGAACAAGCCGUGUAAACAUGAACAUAUCGUAGCAACGGGGAGAGGUUUUGGGGGGGGGGCAUGUACUCAUGUCAAGGGUUGGGGGGGGGCGGGGUAAUCGAAGAGAAACAACUGCUCGCAAAAGUUUGUUGUCGGUUUCGGUUCCGUAAGCGUCUUCCUGGCUUGGCUCGACGUUUGGGGCUGAUCGAUGAUGGUAUUGUAGUGUGGCGAGGACCUUUCCUUCAGAUGUCUGCUCAAGUAGUGCACGAAAAACACAUGGUGAAAUGGGCUGGGGACGCCACUCGGAUGUGUUUGUUUCAAUCACCAGGAGAGGGCGGCUGAAGGGUCGGGGGGUGGGAGGGGGUGCAGAGUAUAUCGAGGAGCGUGGCGACGGGCGGUAGAUCUCCAAUCAUGCGAUGUCAUCAAGCGCUUCCAUCACACGUACGUCCGUGCGUGGUGCUGUUUUCCAGUCGUUUCCACCCGUGGCGAUUGAAUCACGGUGUUCUUGCUGGGGGUCAGGGGUGGGUACACGGCAGUGUUAGUAUCUUCCUUUUGUGCUCAUAGCCGCUCCUCGUGUAUGCGGAAGAGGGACGACGGCAAUGCUGUUUUCCAGAACGCCUUAACAAAUACAAAAGCAAGGCAGAUGUGUACCUACAAAUCGAUCACCGCCAACCCUAGUAACCACACCCCCCCAUGCUGGAGUAUAAGCGUGUUCGUUGCACCACUCGCUUCU